AUGGCUCCAUACCUCCGUCUUUGGGGAAUUUAUCGUUCCUCAAAUACCUGCUCGGAAACAGAGUUUCAAGGGAAUCUGGAAGAGGGAGAUAGUUCAACAUCAGAUUUCUAUAACACUUCAAAAGGAAAUUGGGCUUAUUCUUGUUCUGGGGACUUCGGUUCUAAAACUGCCGAUUCAAGUGAUUACAUAAAAAACGGAAAUUAUACUGUGAAACUUCACUCUGCUGAAACUGUUUUCAUCAAAAAGACCUUGGGGAGCCGUGUUUUCGACGUCUACAUACAGGGCCUCAGGAAAGCCAAUGACCCGAAAUUUCAUGGCAAAGGAUCUUUCUACGAGUAUUUUAGCGUCCCCAAAUCUUCUUCACUGGCUUUCAAUGGACCUCUUGUAUCAGCCAUUUCUGACUUCAAAGUUGGCAAGGGCAAGAAGCUAUCUCCUUCACAAAUUGCAGGGAUUACAGUAGGUUCAGUAUUUGCUCCUCUGUUUAUACUGGCUAUCAUGUGGAAAAUGGGCUGGCUAGGGAAAAGCGAGUUGGAUGGUUCGUCUCUAUGGUAA